AACUCAACAGGUGGUUUCAAAUGUCAAAACAAAAAGUGUAACUUAAUUAUUUGUGUUGUUGUUGCUGAUGAGAAGAGACACAUAUAUAAACAAGAAUAUAAACAUCACUCUAUUUCUUUCAAUCCGUUUUAAUUGCGUAGUGUGCGUGUGUGGGAGUGCUCGUUCAUUUGGGAGACAAAUGGCGGGCUACAAAGUCGGUUGCCACACUAUAUUUGUGUUUCAUUUAUUUGUCUUGAUAAUCAGGUUCUCAAGCGCCAAGUUCAGCGGCGGAGCUAACUACGAGAGUCGACGGUAUGAAACAGACAACAGUGGAUCUACGGGGAAGACGUACGGGUCAUUCGAUGGCGUGGAGCAGGGUGGGACCGAAAAUAAAAAGAAGAAACUUGAAUCCAGCGCAUUCAGCUCGUAUAGCAGCGGUUAUCAAGGUGCCGCUAAGAAAGACCAACUUUUGGAAUCUCAGAGUGGCCUAGACUUUGCAGGGGGUUAUGAUGCAGUAAGUGGAAAAGAGUACGGAAAGACCUCCCCAGACGCUUCUGCCGAAGAUGUUUUCGGCUCCAGCAAGGCAAUCUUUGGAGGAUACAAUUCUGGAUUCACCAGUGGACAGAUUUCAGACAGUUUCAAGCCAAACAGUUUUAUCAGUUCAGACCUUUUUGACGGUAGCUCGGGAAUAGGGCAUAAAGAAAUAGCAGACUAUGGAGAGGCCGGCUUAGGAUAUGCCGACAAUAAGGCCCCCGAAAGUCAGGGUUACGGAUCUAAAAUUUCCUCAAAUGAAGGCUACGGAAAUAAAGGUUACUUUGACGGCGACAUCAGUUCUGAGAAGGACGAAAGCGUUUCAAUCAACAAAGGAAGCGGAGCAGCAGGUUCAAACUACGGAGCGAAGAGCUCGGGGAAUUCCAAAAAUGGAGCGAAGGGUUUUAACAGCGGCAGAGGCAGCUCAGGUAAAGGUGCCGUCGGUUAUUUAUCCAGCAGCGAUGUCGACAGCGGGAAUGUUGGAUCUAAAGGUUAUAGAGAUGGCGGUAAAGGAGCUUCCGGUUACAAGGGCUACGACAACAGCAAUGCUGGAUACAGGGGAUCCGGAAGUGAAGAUGACAGCUACUUCAGCUCUGGGCUCGAAACAGUCGCUGGUGGAUACGGACAUAAACAAUUAGAUAGUCAAAGCUCUGCUGACUAUACCAGCCCCAACAGUAAAUCAUCCAAUUUUGACGGCAGUGUCGGUGGAUUUGGAAAUAAACCGUUAGAAAGUCAAAGCUCAGGUGAAUAUGUUAGCUCCAAUAGUAAAAUUUCUCAUUUUGAAGGCAGUGUCAGUGGAUACGGAAAUAAGCAAUUAGAUAGUCAAAGCUCCGGUGACUAUGUCAGUUCUAACAGUAAAUCUUCCAAUUUUGAUGUCAGCGCCGGUGGAUUCGGACAUAAACAGUUAGAUAGUCAAAGCCCCGGUGACUAUGUCAGUUCCAACAGUAAAUCUUCCAAUUUUGAUGUCAGCGCCGGUGGAUUCGGACAUAAACAGUUAGAAAGUCAAAGCUCCGGUGACUAUGUCAGUUCCAACAGUAAAUCUUUUAAUGCAGACAGUAAUGACAAACCCAUCGACAACACCUAUUACGACACCAAAACCUUUGAAUCCACGAGCGAACAGAAACAACCAGGUUUUGAAGAUGGUUCAAACGUCUACAAGGGCGCCAGUGGAGAGAGUUCAUCUCCCAAUAAAAACCUGGGCGGGGGCCAACAAGGAGCCAUUUUGAAAGGUAGCGAUGGCAACGUAAAAUCCUUCGCUAGUGGAAAUCUUGGAAGCAAAGAUUCGUUCGGUGAAGAUCUAAACAAGUUCACUGGAGAUUCAAACAGCGGCAAAUCAGACUUCGGCCUCGGCAAUUCUUACUAUGGCAACGGCCAGACGGACGUAUACAGCAGCAAAAUUUACAGUGGCAGCAAAUCUCUGUACGGCUCCAGCAAGCUUUCAGCAGGAAUAGGAGACGGCCCCAACAAUGGAAAAGAUUACGACGACAGUUCCUCACAGAGUGCGACUAGGAAACAGACGUUUUUGGAUGACAGUUCCGAGAGCAACGGUAGGAAAUUCCAAGGCAGCAGUGAUUACGACUCGAAUAGUUUUGGCAUUAAAAGUGACUUCGACGCUGUGGAUCAAGCAGAGGAUGGAUUUGUUUGCAAGUCUGGAUCAGAUUUCGCUCCCCACCCUACCAGCUGUGACAAGUUCUACCAGUGUGCCAACGGGAAGCCAUUUAUGAUUGUGUGCCCUAAAGGUCUGGUCUUCAAUACCAAGUAUAGCAUCUGCGACUGGCCGUCCAACGUGGACUGUCCAUCAGAUUCCGACAUUGCAGUACUGCAUCUUCCAAGUUCCAGGCACGUCAGGGACAUGUUUUACCUGACCAAACCGAAGCAUCCUCAGUCACCCAAGCCCUUACCCUCCCCGCCCAAAGCGCCCAAGUCAUCCAUCAAGCUAGAGCCGCUGAAGUUGCAGGCGAUGAGCGAGUACGUGUCCACGGGGGACGAGGGCCACGGGUACAGCAAGGAGGCAGAGGCGGAGAAGAAAGGCAGUGAGGAGGAGAAUGACGUCAGCUACUACAGCUUUAGCGAGGGAGAUAUUGAAGAGGACGAGGGUGGCAAGGGAAACGACUGGGGGAAAAACUCGUACAGCGCGGCUGCUCAUGGGAGUCAAGGAGUUGUCUGUUCUUAUGGAGUCAAGUUUAUCCGUGACCCCAACGACUGCACCAAGUUUUACCAGUGUGCACACUCCAAGCCUUUUUUGAUGACCUGUCCAGCUGGUCUGUAUUUUAACACAGAUAUAGACGUAUGUGACUGGCCAUCUAACGUAGACUGUUCAGGAUCGGGUCAAACUCGUCAAUCAACAAGCCAAGAUUACGACUCUAACAGCUACAGCAACAGCUACAGCCCAUCCUACCAUAAAGAAAGCAAAUCCUACUCUUCUUACACUCCCACUGUUUACAGCGCUCCCUCCUACAGUAACUCUGACACCAAAUCCCAAGAGUCGUCCUCAUACGAGCCACAGCAGUCCAGCUUCGACAGCAGCCGAAACUCCGGAAUCUUCUCCGGUGAUAAAGGAAUGUCCAGCUUCUUCCCGAUGAAUCCGUUCCACUAUCCCGUCAUGCCAAUCUUCCACCCGCCCAUCUUCCAACCCAUCAUUCCUUACUACCCCAAAGAUUCCGCACAGCAAUCGUCGAGAUCCAACGACAAAGGCGACAGCGGCGACGAAGACGACGAGAGUGACUCCAAGAAAGAAAGCUCUGACUCCAAAGACUUCCAAGAGUCAGACGACUCAAGCCAAACGUUUGAACACAAGCAGGCGUCAGAAGAUUCGUAUGACAAGUCUUAUCAAGAAAGCUCACAGAAAUCAGAGGAACAAGACAGUUCUAAUAAAAAGACCAUUUAUAGAAAACCUCUAAAAGUCUUCAGUAACAACAAUAAGAACAGCUAUAACAACAACAAUAACAACAAUAACAACAACAAAGGCUUCUACUACUAUGACUACGACUCUGCAAACAACAACUACAGAAAUUACAAAAAAUCAAGUUACAACAAUAACAAUAACAACAAAAAGGGCGACACGGGCGUCAACCAGAAGGGCAUCUACUAUUACUACUACGACAACUCUAACAAAAACUCCAAUGGCAAGCAGAACGAUUACGUCUACUACUACGAUUACGAUUCUCCUGUGAACAACAUGUACGAUUACUUCACGUACGAUUACGGAGGUAAAGAUUACACGUCUGCGAACGGAGGUAAAGAUUACUCGUCAGCCUACGGAACUAAAGAUUACGUUUCAUCCUAUGGAGGCGGACAGAGUGUCAAAAGAAAACAGUUUAAGACUGGAGCAUUGAAUCAGCCUCAGUAUUUUGGCAGUGCUUUUAAAGAGCUGUUCAAGAACAAGAAAUUUGUUCAGUCGCUGAAAAAAAUCAAUGACGUCAACGAUGACGUAGAAUACGUUCAUUUCGAUCACACUGGUUCCGGUUCGAGCAAAGGUAUGUCAGGUCAUAGUUCAUCGGGUCACAGUGAUCUCAGCUCGCUCCUUCCACUCAUCCUGCUAGGUUCCACUCAAGGGCAGCAACUCCUUCUGACGACUGCAGUUCUUUCCAAACUGAAAGGACUCACGAGUUCAAUGGGCGGAAAAGGUGACAGUCUCAUAGAUUCAAAAGGUCUGUUCGGCAGCGGUAGCAAAGGUGGCAGUGACAACCUUCUGAAGACGCUCUUCCUGCUUAGACUACUCACCAACCAGCAGACUACCACUACAACCACCACCAACACUGGAACCACCGUGACCACACCCACCGCUAACGUUGUGUUCGCCGGACCUGGAUUCGUCACCGUCAACGGGAACACGCCGGUCACUUUCAUUGACCCCGUGACUGGUCAGGUGGUCCCCGAUGCUCAGGUGGCCAUAGAUCCAAUUUCAGGAUCUGUGUUCGACACAACCACCAACCGUGUUGUGUUGUUUGUUGACCCUACCACUGGACAGCUGACUCAAGCUUUCGCCGCCCCUGUGACCACAGUACCCCUCGGAAGGUCAUUUAGCACCGUUAACUUAAGCCCUGUCAACCCAGUGACCAAUGUACUUAGCAGAGCCUUCAACAGGAAUCCACUGACCAAUCUACUUCGGGUCGGAAACACCAACAACAACAACCGAGUGGUAACACUUGUCCCAGCGCCAACAGUAGCCCCAACUCAAGGAGCUGGAAAUCCAAAUGCAAGAGACAACAUCAACUUGAUCUUCUUGUCUCCACUGACGCCCUCGUCUCUCCCACCUCCCAUUGUUGCCAACGACGGAAGCGCCACAACUAUCAGGGGCUCCCUCAGGGACAUAUUAGGAGAUGACCUCACACGGUUCAUUAACAACGCGCAGUUUGUGCCAGGCCAAGGGCUGCCAAACUCACCUGCUGGGAGUCAGAGAUCCUGCACAGUCAUACGCAGUGGGGAGACAGUACCAUACAGGGUCAAUCCGAGAGGGGGCCGAUCACUGUCCGCAGAAGAGUGCCAAGCCAUGGGGCAACUGCUAGACAAAUUCAUACCCACCUUCCUUCAGAACUUUGUCCCGAGCGACGCUGCUUUUGCCGGAUUCGGCUCCAACUCCAGAAACAACGCCAACAACAGGAACGCGCCCAUGCAGCAACCCACCUCGUCGGCCAACUUCCAUGAGGCAUCGAACGUGAAUGACAUCUUUGGUGGGGGUUUGAAUACGAUCAGCCCACAGCUCAGCCGCCAGGACGUGAGCCCCACCGUCGCCAACAGCCUGAAUCAGUUCAUUACCAUCAGAAACGACAGAGACGGUUGCACCAUCUCAGUCCCUAAUAUAGUCCCUCAGUGCUAGAACCCUCCUGGGAGUUCAGUCCCGUACGACUAUAUCAAAGGGAGAUAAAUAUUGGAGACUUUAUUAAUACUAAUGCAUUACACAGAAAGGGGGACAACCGGUUAAAUUUCGUUGCAUCGCCAGCACUGCACGCGAUGGUUCAUCAAGUUUGAAUAGAAUGCACAUAACUCCAAAAGUGAUCUAAUGUCUCAAAGUAAGAAGUGACAUUAGAUUACUCUUGGCCAAUCAGAUUAUUAAGACCAUCGACAACAUUUUUUCCUGCUCAGUUGCAAGCAGGAGAAAACAAAAAUCAAUGCUGCAUUAAGCAUUCCAAUUUUCUAUUUGUUCAACUGUUCUCUAUUCAAUGACUUUUUCAACAUUUAAUGUGGAAGUCAGCUAUUCAAACAACUUUUGUAAAUAUAGCGUGAACAUUAAAUAUUUAUCUUUAGUAUUUAUCUUUAGGAGGAGUUUCAAAUCAUUUGGAAAACUCAGUUCUUUGCAUCUUUUUUUUUCUGCUAUUGAUUUCUUAAAUAUCUUUAUCGAUCUAUUUAAUGCUGGAUAAAUCAUCACUUAUCUAUAUAUGUACAUACCAGAUUCUCAACGUGAAAGACUCAUAAUGAACUGUGUACACUGAAUGCAUGCAUAUUUAUUAUCAUUUAUUGUUUUUUGUCAUUUUAUUUUGUUGGUAGAAAAAGAAGACUACAAAUUGAUUAUUGCCCAGGAUGAAUGCUGAUAAUUGAGUUCCCGAAGUGAGAUUAAUUUGUUGAUCUCAAAUAGCUGAAUGUAUCUUUGAAUAUGUGUCUUUUGUUUAUGAUGCUGCAGGGUGGCUGACAAUGUUUGUGUUCGAUUUGGAUAAAAAAAAUAGCACAUUUGUCACGUGUUUUUCUAGUAGCGAGCAUGUAUAAUUAAUAAACAAAUAUGCCAACUUUA